ACUUUUCUGAAGGUAGUGGAGAACCCUUUUGGACGUCCAUGGUUCCUCCUAAGUUGCCACUUGUAAAGUUCCUAAAUUUUUUCCAUCGUUCAACUUUUUGAGUUACGUAGGUAAAUCACCAAAGGACCAAAGGACCGCCGGCGUUGAAUGAAGGGGAGUCGACGGGAAGGAGACCGCCGGCGUUAUAGUGGCGUGUGAAUUGCCUCUGUUAAUAUUAUAAAAUUAAUAAGAUGAUUAAAGGGUUGUUCUGAAAAAUGUUAAUUAAGAUAACUGUGAUUGAAUUGAAAAUUGAUUCAAUUGAAGGGUGAGUAGGGUAGGGUCUAGUAUUGAGCGGUGAGCGUGUGUUGUACUGUAGUGAGGGUUGCGAGGGAGGUGUUGAAAGUUGAAGGUUGAAAAACCAUUGAAUGCAGAGGCUGACUAACUAUGGUUAGAUUUAGAAUGGAGGGGGAGGAGGUAUGGGUUUGACCAUGUCCUCCUUUCUGCGUCCUGUGGGGUUGGGUUUUGUUUUUCUUUGGUGGGUAUAUGGUGGACUUCUUGCUCCUGUAGCACUUCUCUUCUGGCCCUCUGAACCAACCCUUUCUUUCUUUGUCUAUCUCUUGCUUUGCAUCUGUUCUUGUGGGAUUCAAUCAUAGGUAGAGAAGGGCAGAGCUGCAAUCUUAUCUUCUGGGUUUUCAUAGAUCUAAGCCUUCUGGUCACCUCUCUGUUGCUGUUGUCCCUCUCUCUCUUGCUCUCUGGUUUGGGUGCUUUGAUGGUAGAGAAGGAUCUCAAAGUUUGAUUUUGAUGGACUGGAGUCUGAAUAGUGGACGGAAUCGAAACUCUGGAACUUUGUUGGAGCUCGGGAUCGGACUUGUGGAACUGGGCAAGGUGUCUUAGACAUAGACACCCGAAUUCUGUGGUGGCACAGUCUUGUUUCUUGACUGAUUGAGGAAGGCUUGGCUUUCAUUUGCUGCUAAUCACUCAGUCUGAGCUGCUAGGGAUCUUUUCUUUUAUCUGUUUUAGUUAGUAGUAUUAAUCUUAUUUGUUCUCUUGCAUGGGAAGCUCGAAGAAGUGAGGUAUUUUUUGUAGUAAUCGACGCCAUGGGAGGGAUUUGCUCGAGGAGUUCCUCUGUAGAUAAUGCUCCCAGUAGAAGUUCCCCUCAUGCCAAUGGUCAUCUAAUUGAGCAUGGCUCUCGUGUGGCUUAUCAGUCCCGUGAAUUGUUGUUGAAGGAUGAUAAUAAGUUCACUCCCUCAUCCAGUAGGGAAGGCAUGGAGAAACAGUUAGAAGAAUUUUCAUUUCAGGAAGUGACGGCCAAUCCUAAUCCUUAUGAGAGCAAUCAUGAUUAUAUAAUUGAUGAUGGGAUACCAAGAUUAUCCAGGGCUUUGUCACAGAAAUGUAGAUCAACCAAGUCCAAGGCAAAGGUUUCAGAAGUGGGUUCCCUAUUGGGUAGAGCUGGUACCGUCGGGCUUGGCAAGGCAGUGGAGGUCUUGGACACACUUGGAAGUAGCAUGACAAGUUUGAAUCCAAGCAGUGGAUUUGUAUCAGGGGUGGCAACUAAGGGCAAUAAAAUAUCAAUUUUGGCUUUUGAGGUUGCAAACACAAUUGUUAAAGGUGCCAAUCUAAUGCAAUCACUUUCAAAGGAAAACAUAAGACAUUUGAAAGAAGUGAUACUUCCUUCAGAAGGUGUUCAAAAUCUAGUAUCGAGAGAUAUGGAUGAACUUCUAAGGAUUGCUGCUGCUGACAAAAGGGAUGAAUUAAAAGUUUUUUCAGGGGAAGUUGUCCGUUUUGGAAACCGAUGUAAAGAUCCUCAGUGGCACAAUCUGGACCGUUACUUUGAGAAGCGGGGUUCAGAACUUGCAUCACAAAAAAAGCAAUUGAAAGAAGAAGCAGAAGCAGUAAUGCAGCAAUUGAUGACCUUGGUUCAGUAUACAGUUGAAUUAUACCAUGAGUUGCAUGCCUUGGACAGAUUUGAACAAGAUUACCGGCGUAAACUUCAGGAAGAGGAUAAUGCAAAUGCUACUCAAAGAG